UGAGCAUUUUCAAUAUGAGUCCAAUCUUUUAUCUUGUCUUUAUCCGGAAAUCCUCACGGGAAUCCACAGAAUAUUACGUCCAAUAGGUCACAAUUUAGUAUGAUGUUGUUAGUAAAUAAAAGUGUCAAUCCAACUGCUGAGAAUGUUGAUGUCUAUCGAUGUCUAAGUCUAUCUCUAACUUUAGGGUCUGCAUACUUGUAUAUAUACUCAAACGGAAACUUCUAGAUAUCGGUAGAUAUUUAAAUUGCGCAUCUUUUGUUAUGAUCAUUCUGGAAACGUUAUGUAAGUGAAAUAGAAAGUUCUAAUCAUUCCAUGAGUAUCAAUGAUUGUUCCAGUUAUUGCUAAACUGCAUAGUUGUAACACAAUGUGUAUUAUUUUGUACACAAUAGAAAAAUAUAUAAUAGGCCACACAAAACAAAUUAAGCCAACUAAAUAUAUAUGAUAGUUGCAAUAUCAUAACAGUAUUCACAGUGUAUUUACGAGUUUUGGGCAUCGAUACAUCUAUGGAAUCUUUGUUUAUAAUAAUUUGAAUGUAUUACUUGGAGUCUUUAAAAAUAAUUAAAACUCGCCAAACAACAGACUUCAUAGCGCCAUCAAAUUCGGUAUAAGGAAGACAACUUGUGAUUUUCAAGUCGCACAUGUCAACAUAAAUGUCUACUGACAAAGAAAAUCGAGAUAUUCAAAGUGACGGAGGACUAAUACUGUUGAUGAUUUAAAUGAAAUAAAUAGAACGGCGUCUUUGUACCUCCAUGGCUUUCACAUUCAAACCAAUUAAUCAGGAAAUCGUGCAAUUGUUUGAAUAUAAUUUGACGUUGAUUUGCGUUAUGAGGAUUUUGCGUAACCACUCAGCUGAUUUGUAUUCCUUUAAUUUAUUAUGAGUCUUCGGUAGGUUUAGGAGUGGAAAUUAAAGGGUGAUUUCUUGCUACUCUUUUAAUUUAAAAUAUUCAAAAGUUAAAAUCAGAUGACGGAUAAGUGGAUUGUAAGAAAACGUAUGACGCUUGGUCUGCUGGAGAUCAUCAACCGUUGUUUUGUUAACAAGACCAAUUCGUUAUUUUUGUGUGAGUGACUUUUGUUUUUUGAAAAGAAUCAAAAAUAAGCUCUAUAAUUGCUAAUUAAUAUUUUGUUGACCGAUAUCUUUAUUUAUUGGCCUAGAAUCAUUCUUAAACAUAUCCUAGAUUAGGCCCUGUAUGGAGAUAAUUGACAUAGUUUCAUUGAUUAAUUAGAUGUUUUGCUUUGCUUUAUACAUUUUCAGGUUGACCUAAACGGAUGUCUUCUCGACUGUAAAGAUGUCAAAUCGUGUGAAAAUUCGUGCCCAAAAGGCUCACUUCUCUAUAUAUCAUCAACAGUCAUUAAUGCAACUCCAUGUGAAAAUUCAGGUUUGACAGAAAGUGAAAUGACUACUAUAACACAUUCAAGUACACAUAGUUCUCAGAGAAUUUUCGUUAACCAUUCAAUAACUUCAACUACGUCAGUCCCACCUGUGAACGUAACGGGUCUUAUCAAUGAUUUACAUGUUUAUCUGAGUUGUGUCAACAAAUGUCCAAGUGGAUACUAUAUGAAUCAAACUAACAAAUCAUGUUUAGCGUGUGAAGAAGUUUGCCAAAAUUGCAACAAUUUCAACGAAAGUCUUCUUACUAUAUGCACAUGCAACAUUUCUGAAGGAACAUGCUUCGCUUCAAUAAGUGUUUCUUACAAUAGUAUUAUCGUUAGUGCAACUGCAUUGUUUAUUUUCUUAUUACUUAUUAUUUUACGUUUAUGUCUUGACAAAUGUGAAAAGCAACUGAAGAUAGAAAACAUUUACCAAGGAAAUCUCGCAGAGAAAGAUGUUUAUGUCUUCGACAAUUUACAUAGAAGUAAAAAGCAUAUAUGUUUAAUUGGAGAUCAGAAUGUAAGAAAUGAAGACGUUUUAGUAGAUAUACACAGCGGUGCAUAUAGUAAUGACAAUGUUGAAGCGUCCACACCUUGGGUCGAAGAUGGUGACGAGCAAUGUCUUCAACUCAAAUACAGAAAUAAUAAGUAUAACGAUGACACAACUGUAUUUGCUAAAGCCAUUCUAACUAAAGAGAGAAGCCAACAAAGAUCGAACAAAGAGAACAAACAUUUGCAAGCUGCAGAACUAUCUUUUUCAAUAGACGAUGAGUCUCAUCGUCAAUCCAGUAGUCCAGAACCUGCAUAUUUAGAAAAUACUAGUUUCUCAAAUAAUUCGGGUAGCGAUAAACCAGAUUUGUGCAAAAAUAAAGAAAAUAACUGCAGUUUUGAUAAUAACAUACCUGGGCUGAAUCACGACAAUAGACAGAGCUCUUUCCAUAAUUUGCCGAAAUCAAUUUUGUCUGAAUUUGAUUUUGGACGUGUUUAUAAACGAAUAAGCACAGAUUCAAAGCCCGUGAGAGUUACAGAAAUGAGCCAAAAAAGUUGCAUCAAUGACAACGAACAUGUACAAUCGGAUUUUCGUCUUUUUUCAAACGACAAGGAUUGUUCUCUAAAAUCUAGUGGCACAGAUUCUGAAGCAAUCAGUCAGUCUGAAUAUGACUCGGGCAGAAAUAUUUCAGGAGAUCUUGCAACAGUUGAUUUAAUUUGUGAUGGUACUCAUUUGCACUGUUUUGUGGAUAAACGACUUAUAAAUAAUUACAAGGACUACUUACAAAGAACAGUUAACGAUGACAAGGUGGCCAUAAAUGAGUUGUUUUAUAAAUUAGAUGAAAUAACAAUUGAGUGGAAAAUGAAAUCAGAGUAUUUGAUAAUUAUCUCAUUAAUGAACGCUCAUCAUGAAUCACUUUUAUUCAAAGAAAUACUGCUUACUGCUGUUGAGAACAAAUUAUCAUUUGUUUGCCGUUGGUUAUUGUCUCACUUUCAGUAUGAAGACGAAUGUAUCGUUCAAGUAUUGUCUAAAUCUUUUGAAGUUGGAAAUAAUGGAACAAUUAAAACCUUGGCUUGGAAAGUUACAAGACAAUUCUACAAGAAAUAUAAAAAGUUAUUGGAUGACAAUGCCAUCGACAUAUAUCCAGCAUAUAAGUGCGAAUGUCACAAUGCAUGUACGAAAAAAGUAUGUUUGCUUACAGGAAAAAAGAUAAUAGCUAUUGAAUGGAAAGGAAAUGAACGUUCUUGUAUGCCGGCUGCAUUUUUUUAUUUUGAUAUAAAAUUAUUCAGCUGUGAUAACGUUUGUAAAACAGGAAAUGCAGCGACUGACGAAAUGAAAGAUAUUAUGUCAAAAAUAUCAGACAAUAAUGGGUCUUCUUCGAGCAGUCUACUAAUGAAUCAAAUCGAUGGUCAAAUUGCAUCAACAAUGUUUGAACAACACAGAAAUCUAUCUUUGAUUUGUCCUUCAUUCAUGAAGUCUACAAAUUAUGGUUUUGAUCAUAAAGUUUCACAAACAUUUUGCAUUCAACUAUUUUGUAAAAGAAAAGGGUACAUUCCUCUCGGUGAAAACCAUUUUCCAUCGAUCAUCAAAGGCCAACUAACAGAUGUUUUGCAAGGCCAUAGCUAUUUGGCCUCAACCCCGUUACGAAUAGGAGAUAAAAUAGGCACUGAUACUAUGUGUGGAACUUUGGGAGGUUUUUAUCGAAUUGCAGGAAAGUUUAAAUGCUUUUUGACAUGUGCCCAUGUGUUAUACAGCCUUCCAACCUUGUUAGCUCCUAAAGAUGACCCUAGUUAUGACGAGGAAAUUAAAGUUUUUUUGGAUCGUCAGAAAAGUAAAAGUCAUUGUGGUGACGUUUUCCGUGGAGUUUUCAACCAUGAUGAUCCUAACAAAACCAGUGUGGAUGCAGGCUUAGUCAUAAUAAAACCGUCUGACUUUUUCAUCGAUCCUAACGAUAUUGUACGAGACAUCAAUGGGGCUCCUCAUCCAGCCAGCAGCUUAAAACUAACUUCAGAAUUCGUGAAUCGGCAUUCCUGCGAUCAUAUGAAAUUGUGUUGUACCAGAGAAACUGUGCCGAUUGUUGCUCAAGGUGCAUCUACAAAAAUAGACGAUAAAGUGACAUUCCAGCGACCAACACAUACCGACGUAUGUUUUCAAGAUAAUGGUCAGUUUAUUGGUCAUGCAAAUGGGUUAACCUUUCAUCCACUAUUAAUCACUCAACCUGCUCACAUGCAACUACAAGUCGGACUCUGACCGAGAAGCGGAUUUUUACAAUGUACAAUCAAAUGGUUAUGAACAUUCCACUCCAACUGGGGGAUUCAGGAACAUGUAUUUACAUCACUGGAGACACGAAAGAGAAAUCUGGAUGUGUCGGUAUGGCAAUUGCCUUCUGUUCGAAGUCAGGAUUAUCACUGGUUACACCUAUGCAGGAAAUCAUUCGCGCAAUAAAUUAAUGACAACGGAGUCAAAUUCUGCGCUGCACUUUUGUAUGUCUUCAUGAUAAAACUGUUUACUUUAGAAAAUAGUUGUGUAUGUCUAGAUCUGAUAUAAGCCUAUAAUGAAUGAACAUCAACCAAAGAGGUUAUGUCUUUUUAGUUCACUACAUACACGUAAUACCAUGAAUACAAAGAUUAUUUUUUUUGUUUCAACUGAAAAUUAAUUAUGCUUAUUUUUUAUAUAUAAUAGGCAAAAAGUUUCAAGUUUACUGUACACUGUUCACAAUUUAAAAGAAAACUUUAUAAUAUAGGUAAAGUUUGUUGCAUGCCGAAACAUCCGUAAUAUAUAGAUUUUAUUCCGUAGUUAUCAAUUGAUUAUUUUCAUUAUCCGCCAUAUGGAUAUAUCCCAACAUUGUACAAUGUUUGUUAUAAUAACGACACUGAUGCGUCUAAUAUUUAUUAUAACAACGUGUAUUCUAUUGCUUUUGAAAAAAAAUGUAUUAACAAAAAUACCUAAAUCUAAGGUAAAUUCAGAAAUCGGGAAGUCAAUAAAACCUGAUGACAAAUGCAUACGUUAGACUAUAUUGAAUGGGAAACAACUGUCAUAUUCCUAAUUUAGUACAGGCAUUUCUCGAAGAAAAUGGUGAGUUAAACCUGGUUUUAUAGUUAGCUAAACCUCCCAUUUGUAUGACAGUUGUUUAUUGUUCCGUUAUAUUGACAUAAUUGGGCGAGCAACCCAAACGUACAUAACUGGUUGAUGUGACGAUAAUUGGGAUCAAUCAACAAAAACUGUGAAAACAUACAUCACAAACAUGCAAAACAACCGAAUAAAAUGUUUUAUUUUUAUUAUUAGUUUAUUCAUAACAAACACAUUGUAAAAUUGUGUUGCUUUUUUUAAUAAAUGACUGAAAAGUCAUUUUGAUGUUAAAAAUUGCCAAAGGUUUGUUUAGAUUGCUACGGAUAUGUUUGUGAUCUUAUGUGUUUAUCUUAUUUGGAAAGUUAGACUAGACGCAAAAUAAAUAUACUUAAACAACUAA